UCUCCUCAUUUCCAAACCCAAACCCACAGUCACAGAGAGAGAGAGAGAGAGUGAGAUUUUUAGAGUGAGAAAAAUGAGAGAAAUCCUUCACAUUCAAGGAGGCCAAUGCGGUAACCAAAUCGGAGCAAAGUUCUGGGAAGUGGUCUGCGCCGAACACGGCAUCGACUCCACCGGCCGGUACCAAGGCGACAACGAGCUCCAGCUCGAGCGCGUCAAUGUCUACUACAACGAAGCGAGCUGCGGCCGCUUCGUCCCGCGCGCGGUCCUCAUGGAUCUCGAGCCCGGAACCAUGGACAGCGUCAGAUCCGGCCCGUACGGCCAGAUCUUCCGACCCGAUAACUUCGUGUUCGGCCAGUCCGGCGCCGGGAACAACUGGGCCAAGGGCCACUACACUGAGGGCGCCGAGCUCAUCGACUCGGUGCUCGACGUGGUCCGGAAGGAGGCGGAGAACUGUGACUGCUUGCAAGGGUUUCAGGUCUGCCAUUCGCUCGGCGGUGGAACCGGGUCGGGUAUGGGUACGCUCCUGAUUUCGAAGAUCCGAGAGGAGUACCCGGAUCGGAUGAUGCUGACGUUCUCGGUGUUUCCGUCCCCGAAGGUUUCAGACACGGUGGUGGAGCCGUACAAUGCGACGCUCUCGGUUCAUCAGCUUGUGGAGAAUGCGGAUGAGUGUAUGGUUUUGGAUAAUGAAGCGCUUUACGAUAUUUGCUUCCGUACACUCAAGCUCACUACUCCUAGCUUUGGAGACUUGAAUCACUUGAUUUCUGCAACUAUGAGUGGGGUUACUUGCUGUUUGCGAUUCCCUGGUCAACUCAACUCAGAUCUCCGCAAGCUUGCAGUUAAUCUAAUCCCAUUCCCUCGUUUGCACUUUUUCAUGGUUGGGUUUGCUCCACUUACUUCCCGUGGUUCCCAGCAGUACCGUGCCCUUACUGUUCCUGAGCUCACUCAACAGAUGUGGGAUUCCAAGAACAUGAUGUGUGCUGCUGAUCCUCGCCAUGGCCGAUAUCUAACUGCCUCUGCCAUGUUCCGUGGCAAGAUGAGCACUAAGGAAGUCGAUGAGCAGAUGAUUAAUGUGCAGAACAAGAACUCAUCCUACUUCGUUGAGUGGAUCCCCAACAAUGUGAAGUCCACUGUUUGUGAUAUCCCUCCUACUGGGUUGAAAAUGGCUUCAACAUUCAUUGGCAAUUCAACAUCAAUUCAGGAGAUGUUCAGGAGAGUCAGUGAACAGUUUACAGCUAUGUUCCGCAGAAAGGCUUUCUUGCAUUGGUACACAGGAGAAGGUAUGGAUGAAAUGGAGUUUACAGAGGCAGAGAGCAACAUGAAUGAUCUUGUUUCUGAGUAUCAGCAAUACCAAGAUGCUACAGCCGAUGAGGAUGGUUAUGAUUAUGAAGAUGAGGAAGAAGUCCAGGAAGAGGAAGAGGCCUAAGUAGUGUUUGAUAUCUGUUUCUCUCUGUGCUUGUUACAAAUGUGUUUUGUGUUAAAGUUUCCUUUUUGUUCCUGAAUACCUUGUUUGGGGGUUUGGAUUGUGGGAAUGUGGUUGGACUUAUAGCUCUAUUGUCUCUCGUUUGCUUUUGGUGUAGUUGUCUAGGGAGUUUUGUGCAUCAGACAUGGUACCAUGAAAUGUUAAGCGUUUAAAUCGCAAUUGCAUGCUAUUGUGUAAUUGAUUUUGUGUAAACACCAGCUGAAUCUGUUCUGUUUC